CAGCGCCGCGCCUGAUGGCUGCACGUUGAUCCCCGCGGGACCCCUAGGAAGGCGCCCGCCACCUGGGAACCUCGGGGACCUGGAGGGGCGGGGCAGAGCGGGCUGGAAGGCCCGCCCGCGCCUCUGUGACUUCGCUAAAGGACCGCGGGGCUGAAGAAAAGCAAAAGGGGAGGGUCUCGAUCACCGCCGGGCUCUUCUGAGAGCGGGACUCGACCGGGUGGAAAUCCUGCACUCGCGAGCCACAGAGACGCGCUGCACCCAACAUGGAACAAACCGGCCCCAGCUCCGUGCGGCCGCAGCAGCAGCGGGACCAGGACUGGGUGGAAGCGUGGCUGGAUGAUCACCCGGACUUUACCUUCUCUUACUUUGUUAGAAAAGCCACCAGAGAAAUGGUCAACGCAUGGUUUUCUGAGAGAGUUCACAACAUUCCCGUUUGCAAGGAAGGCAUCCGAGCCCACACCGAGUCUUGCUCAUGCUCUUUGCAGCAAAGUCCUCAUGCAGACAAUACCAACCCUGGAGCACCAGCCAGAAAAAUCUCUGCCUCUGAAUUUGACCGGCCCCUCAGACCCAUUGUGGUCAAGGAUUCCGAAGGAGCCGUGAGCUUUCUCUCUGACUCAGGAAAGAAGGAACAGAUGCCACUCACCCCUCCAAGGUUUGAUAGCGAUGAAGGGGACCAGUGUUCAAGACUCUUGGAGUUAGUAAAAGAUAUUUCCAGUCAUUUGGAUGUCACAGCCUUAUGCCACAAAAUUUUCUUGCAUAUCCACGGACUUAUCUCCGCCGAUCGCUAUUCCCUGUUCCUUGUUUGUGAGGACAGCUCCAAAGACAAGUUUCUCGUCAGCCGCCUCUUUGAUGUGGCCGAAGGUUCUACGCUGGAGGAAGCUUCAAAUAACUGUAUCCGCUUAGAGUGGAACAAAGGCAUUGUGGGACAUGUGGCGGCUUUUGGUGAGCCAUUGAACAUCAAAGAUGCCUAUGAGGAUCCCCGGUUCAAUGCAGAAGUUGACCAAAUUACAGGCUACAAGACACAGAGUAUUCUUUGUAUGCCAAUUAAGAACCACAAGGAAGAGGUCGUCGGUGUAGCCCAGGCCAUCAACAAGAAAUCAGGAAACGGCGGGACGUUCACUGAAAAAGAUGAGAAGGACUUUGCUGCCUAUUUGGCGUUCUGCGGCAUUGUUCUUCACAACGCUCAACUCUAUGAAACGUCCCUGCUGGAGAACAAAAGAAAUCAGGUAUUACUUGACCUUGCCAGCUUAAUUUUCGAAGAGCAGCAAUCAUUAGAAGUAAUUCUGAAGAAAAUCGCUGCCACUAUCAUCUCCUUCAUGCAGGUGCAGAAGUGCACCAUAUUCAUCGUGGAUGAAGACUGCUCUGAUUCUUUCUCUAGUGUGUUCCACAUGGAGUGUGAGGAAUUAGGAAAAUCAUCCGAGACUUUAACAAGGGAACACGAUGCAAACAAAAUCAAUUACAUGUACGCUCAAUAUGUCAAAAACACGAUGGAGCCACUUAACAUCCCAGAUGUCACUAAGGACAGAAGAUUUCCCUGGACAAAUGAAAACACGGGGCAUGUAAACACGCACUGUGUUGGAAGUUUGCUUUGCACACCUAUAAAAAAUGGGAAGAAGAACAAAGUCAUAGGGGUUUGCCAACUUGUUAAUAAGAUGGAGGAGAAUACUGGCAAGAUUAAACCUUUCAACCAAAAUGAUGAACAAUUCCUGGAAGCUUUUGUCAUCUUCUGUGGCUUGGGGAUCCAGAACACACAGAUGUAUGAAGCGGUGGAGAGAGCCAUGGCCAAGCAAAUGGUGACAUUAGAGGUCCUGUCCUAUCAUGCGUCAGCGGCAGAGGAAGAAACAAGAGAGCUCCAGGCUUUAGCGGCUGCUGUGGUUCCAUCUGCCCAAACCCUUAAAAUUAGUGACUUCAGCUUCAGUGACUUUGAGCUAUCUGAUUUGGAAACAGCACUGUGCACCAUUCGGAUGUUCACUGACCUCAACCUUGUGCAGAACUUCCAGAUGAAGCAUGAGGUUCUUUGCAGAUGGAUUCUAAGUGUUAAGAAGAAUUACCGGAAAAACGUUGCCUACCACAAUUGGAGACAUGCCUUUAACACGGCACAGUGUAUGUUUGCUGCUCUGAAAGCAGGCAAGAUUCAGAACAAGCUGACGGAUCUGGAGACCCUCGCCUUGCUGAUCGCUGCUUUAAGCCAUGAUCUGGAUCACCGUGGGGUGAACAACUCUUACAUACAGCGAAGCGAGCACCCGCUGGCGCAGCUGUACUGCCACUCCAUCAUGGAGCACCAUCACUUUGACCAGUGCUUGAUGAUUCUGAACAGCCCAGGCAACCAGAUUCUCAGUGGCCUCUCCAUUGAAGAAUAUAAGACCACACUGAAAAUGAUCAAGCAAGCAAUUUUAGCCACAGACCUAGCACUGUACAUUAAGAGACGAGGAGAAUUUUUUGAACUUAUAAGAAAAAAUGAAUUCAGUUUUGAAGAUCCUCUUCAAAAGGAGUUGUUUCUAGCAAUGCUGAUGACUGCCUGUGACCUCUCUGCGAUUACUAAGCCCUGGCCUAUUCAACAACGGAUAGCAGAACUUGUAGCAGCUGAAUUUUUUGAUCAAGGAGACAGGGAGAGAAAAGAACUCAACAUCGAGCCUGCUGAUCUAAUGAACAGGGAGAAGAAAAAUAAAAUUCCAAGCAUGCAAGUUGGGUUCAUAGACGCCAUCUGCUUGCAGCUAUAUGAGGCCCUGACCCACGUGUCGAAGGACUGUUUGCCCUUGCUGGACGGCUGCAGAAAGAACAGACAGAAGUGGCAGGCCCUUGCGGAGCAGCAGGAGAAGACACUGAUUAACAGGGACAGUAGCCAGGCCAAACGAGACUGACUGCCUCCGCCGUGCAAACUGCCAC